UGUCGAUGUAAAGCACGAACAUUCGCGAUCGCAGUGAUAAUCCUUCCUAAAAAAUCAGAGAAAUUUAACGGGCGUUUCAACGAUUUCCAAGGCAUCAACAUCUUAACGGAGCACUGCGUAACAUACGUCUAAAAUGGAGGGACCGACGCCGACGGCUGGCGGAGACGCACCGGUGAUCGAAGUCACGAAGACCAACCGAAGUAUCGACGAUUCGUCGUCGGCGGCUGCGAUUAAACCGGCACACGUCGAGAUAACGUCGGAAAAUGUCGCCGUGGAAAUGAAUCAUCCAAUAUCGACAGGAGCGGAAGCUAACAAGCCUGCCGAAGGAGUCGCUGAUUCCGGCACGAAGACUACCGAUACGAACGCGGAGGAUCCCGAGAAGGACGCAACUGCGGCGGCCUGUCAGCCAGCAUCGGCACAGCCACCCGAUGAAAAGAAGGCGGACGAUAAUUCAGAGCGAAAUAUCGCACAGGCGAAAGGCGACAACGCGGCCUCUGUGUCGCAGUUGGAGGAGCAAGUUAGGGUGAGGAAAUCCUCGGAAGAUGAGAAGUGUCCCUGGAGAAACGACUCACCCCGUGGACUUGACCAUCCGAGCAGGACGAAGGAGCGCGACGCUUACCGAAAGAAGUUGGAAGACACGGAGAAGAAGCUGGCUGUCUUGCAAACGACCUACAACGCGACGACGCGUCAUGCCGGCGACGAGACCGGCCUGCAACGAUCGGUGGACCAACUGCGGGGCCAACUGGCGCAAACCGCGUUGAUGUACGAGGAGAGGAAUCAGAUUGUCGCGAGCCAGGAAAAUCAGAUCAACGCCUUGAACAAUCAGGUGACCUCGCUGAAGGAGGUGGUGUCCAUCACGCGCGACCUCCUGCAGAUUCGCAAUAUGGAGGUGAAGCAGCUUCAGACCGAAGUCGAUAGCAUGGAGCGGAAGAUAGCGGAGGAACGCGACCGGCACAACGCAAUGAUCAGCAAGAUGGACGCGGCGAUGCGACUGAACGCUGAUCUCAAAAAAGAAUACGAAACUCAAUUGUCGUUGUUUCAAAGUCUUCGGGAAAAAUACGGCGAGAAGAUCACCUUGUUGUCCGAGGAGAAACGAGCCCUCGAAGCGGCAGCUUCUACACCCGCCAAAUGAUUAUGCAUUACGAACAUCUUAAUCAUACGUCGCAAAUAUCUUAAUCGCAAGCUGAAUAGGACGUCGUUGACGCGGAUUUCUUUUCUAACGAUUAUUGCGCUAUUGUUUAAUAUUUAUUACACGACGAGAUCUCAAGAAAACAAAGUCGCCACAAGCACGAUGUAGCAAGCUCGACGUAAAACUAAACUCGCUUUCUCUGUGCUACCCAAUGCAGAGAUAACACAAUACAAAAAAUCUAGGAUUACGAAAGUAAUUUUUGUUUAAUAUUGAAUCAGGAAUGUAGCUUUGUCGGAAUCUAAUAACGCUGACAUUUUCGCAUUAAUAGUUGAACAUUGAAAUGUUUGAAAAAAACGCUUAUAAAUUGCAAGAAUGUAUUAUUUUUUCCGCAGUAUUCUUAAAUGUUACGUAACUUAACGGAGACCGCAGUUUGCGUUGAACAAACAGUUUAGUGUAACAGAUUAAAAAAAAAGUAAAGUUUAAUCUAAUAGUACAAUUUAAUAUGAUAAACUGUUUGUUCAACUGUUGUUUCGCUGAACCGUUUAUUUCAUUUAUAAAUAAAAAAAUGUUUCAUUAAUAAAUAAAAAAUAAAUAAAUAAAUAACA